UUUCCCCAAAAUGGCGGAUUAGGGUUAAUUUAGCCCCGGGUUGCGUUCACAGGUAGCGAUUUGGUCCAGGUUUUGCUCACAUAGGGGUUUGUUUUAAGUUUUUACGGAAGGUAGUUAACCUUAUCGAUGUGCCAGUAAGUAACUAAUUUAGUCAGACUUAUUCCCGUCCCUUAUUUCGGUCUUUGGACGACGGCAACAUCGUUAUUGUCUUGAACAGUUGCCUGACAAGCGACUUUCCGGGUUAAACCAUCGAUACUUUGCGCAUGCGAGCUGAGGAGUUUGAAAACAGCAGCGCGAAAAAGCAGGGCGUUAAUAACGCCAAUUUUUAGAUUUCAAAUAAUUAUAUUGUCUUUUAACUAUUUAUGAUUUGUUUUAUGCCUUUAAUAAUUAAGGCUUAAUUGUAUCACUAAGAAAGCUCGUGCACGUUACUUAAGACGCUUUUGGCAGUCAGACGUUGUCAUGUUGUUUCAGCUACAUUAGCUUAACGUUUUGGUUUAUUUCGACUUUUUCACGAGCAAACAUGAAACCCACACGAGGCUCUGACCGGGCCCCAUCAAAAACACCCAACAGGAAAAACAAGGAAAAAGCAGAAACAACGAGUCGGGACCAAGCCAAGAUCAUCCAUCCAAAACCAUCACAGAGGAAAGCUGAAAGAGGAUCAUCUCCUAACCCUAAAAGAGCUAAAGUGCAGGACAACAGGGCGCUGAUGUCCAGGUCCUCCAUCACUGCUCUAGAGAACAUAAUGGACUUAUCAGUACUAGCAACUCUUGCUUUGAAGCGGACAGAGAAGAAGGAAAGCCAGGAGCAUCUGAACAAAAUGAAAACCAUGUUCCUGGCUCAGUGUGCACAACUUAAAGUUCCAGGGCAGAAACAAAAAUAUUCAGAGCAUUCAUCAAGGCAUCACCAGGAUGAGACUAAGAAGUCAGCGGUUGGAGAGAAGAAUCUGAGCAUCUUGGAGGAAGACUUGAGGGCUGUGGUUCGUGCACUGGAGAGGCUGGAGGAGGAAACAGAGUCUUUGCAGCACUCAUGCAGUCAGCUGAGGGACCAGUUAGAGGAGGAAGAGGAGAAAGCUAAAGAGAUUUUACGAAUAAGUGAACGAGCUGUUCUCAAACUUCCCCGUCUUCCUUCUCAGAAAGGUGAAACAUUGGAGGCUCUGCUGAGGAAGUUUAUACCAGACAGCGAUUCUGAAGCCACAGCUCGGAAACUGGGCCAAAUUCUGCAGAAAUCGAAGCCAACCGAGGAUGACCAGGUGCUGCUUGCGCAGGCACGUGAACACGCCGAUUGGCUCUUCCACCCCGGCUGCGUAUUAAAUAGUAGCGCACUGAGUUUUGAAGAAACGUAGCAUUUAUUGGGUUUGAUACUUCUUACUUCCAUAUUUGUGGUUGUCUUUGUGGAAUAUUUCUGCUUACCAUGCUUCACUGGUAUUGAGUUUGCAUCAUAUUCCUGUUUUCAGCUACUUUUUUCUUUGUUUUUUAUUAAUUAUGUGUUCUGCUAUGUGGAUGUUUUUUGUCUUUUGGUGGACAUAAAAGCCUGAUAUCCAACUUCUGUGGCAAGUUUAGGCUAAACAACUGAAAAUUAAAUAAAGUCACAACUGAACAGUGAAUUAAUUAAAAUCCUGCUGCCUAAACUUUUUUUACAGUGGAAGAUUUGGUGUGCUCUGAAUAAAAAACAAGUCCAAAUCUUGCUGCUGCUUGCUGCUUGAUGUUUUGCAAGCCUCGUGAGACAUUCAGCUAACUAAAGCUACUGGAAUGCGUUUAAUCUGGAAAACUUUUGGUUUUAACAAAUUUGGAGAAUCUGCUCUGUGCUGGGAACAAUAUCAUUCUUGAAAGGAUUAUGCAAGGUAUGGGUUGUUUUUUUA